CGUGUUUUCCGCUCCGGGCGCCCCGUUCCUUCAGGCCAGAGCAGCCGGGGGGGCGGGUAAUAUGCAGCGGCUCGCCCCGAGCGGCGGAAAUGAGAUUCCCUCCGCAUCCCUGCUAGUGUGCGCGGUUCCCGCCCAGCCCUCGGCCCGCGGAGCCGCCGCCCAGCUCCUGCCCUGGCGCGGGGAUUCCAACUGCGGCAGGUCCCAGGCUGGGCGCGCUGCGCAGGCUGCCGCUAAGGAGGGAGGCCCUGUAAGGUCGGCGCAGCAGCAGGAGGACGCGGGCCAGCCCUCUGCAGCAGCUCCCAGUGCCCUGGCGGAGCCGGAGCCGGCCCCGGGGGCUGGGGCUCGCUGGAGUAGUAAUUUCCCCUUGGAGCAAAAGGUGGCUUGGAAAACAACUGCACUGAAAUAUUUAAGAAUGUGUAAGGACUUCCGCUACUACUUCCAGCACCCGUGGUCUCGCCUAAUUGUGGCUUAUUUGGUGAUCUUCUUUAACUUCUUAAUAUUUGCUGAGGAUCCAGUAUCUCACAGUCAGACAGAAGCCAAUGUUAUUGUUGUUGGCAACUGCUUUUCCUUUGUAACAAAUAAAUACCCUGGAGAAGGAAGCUGGAGGUUUCUGAAGGUGCUUCUAUGGCUACUUGCCAUUCUCACAGGACUGAUAGCUGGAAAAUUCCUCUUCCAUCAGCGUUUAUUUGGUCAGUUACUCCGGCUAAAAAUGUUUCGAGAGGAUCAUGGCUCUUGGAUGACAAUGUUCUUCAGCACCAUUCUCUUCCUCUUCAUUUUUUCUCACAUUUACAAUCUUUGCCUCCUUAUGGCGGAAGAUAUGAGGGCAUACAUCAUAACAGACUUCAUGGGCAUCAGAAAUGAAAGUUUUAUGAAAGUUGCAGCUGUAGGAACGUGGAUGGGAGACUUUGUCACUGCUUGGAUGGUCACUGAUAUGAUGCUUCAGGACAAGCCCUAUCCUGAUUGGGGGAAGUCUGCCAGAGCUUUCUGGAAGAAGGGAAAUAUUAGGAUCAUUUUAUUCUGGACUGUUCUAUUUACUUUGACCUCUGUAGUUGUGCUUGUCAUCACUACUGACUGGAUCAGCUGGGACAAAUUGAAUCGUGGAUUUCUGCCAAGUGAUGAGGUCUCAAGAGCCUUCCUGGCUUCUUUCAUCCUAGUAUUUGACCUUCUUAUUAUAAUGCAGGAUUGGGAGUUUCCACAUUUCAUGGGUGAUGUUGAUGUAAAUCUUCCCGGCUUGCCAUCUGCACAUAUGCAGUUUAAACUACCUUACUUCCAAAAGAUCUUCAAGGAAGAAUAUCACAUACAUAUAACAGGUAAAUGGUUUAACUAUGGCAUUAUCUCUUUGGUUUUAAUCCUGGAUCUAAAUAUGUGGAAGAAUCAAAUAUUUUACAAACCUCAUGAAUAUGGUCAAUAUAUUGGUCCUGGCCAGAAGAUCUACACAGUGGAGGACUCAGAAAGCUUAAAGGAUCUUAACAGAACCAAGUUAUCCUGGGACUGGAGAUCAAAUAACACAAACCCUCUGACUAACAGAACUUAUGCUGAGGGAGACAUGUUCUUGCAUAGCAGGUAUAUAGGGGCUAGUCUUGAUGUCAAAUGCCUGGCCUUUAUUCCCAGUUUGCUGGCUUUUGCUUUGUUUGGGUUCUUCAUCUGGUUCUUCGGGAGAUUUCAGAAAACUGAGCAAGGCAUGGAGAAUCUGGACAAAUCCUACACAAGAAUGAAAAGGAAGUCUCCAUCAGACAUAGGAAUGACACGAGAAAAUACACAGGUUUUAGUAGAGAAACCCUUAAGUUUUCAAGAUCCACAUUUAGUCUCCAUCAAAUCAGACUUAAGUGAAAUUGUCUUUAAAUCUUCCCUUCUAACUUCUGAAAACUUGAGCUUACAGUUGAAUGAACAAGACAGCCCAUUACAACCAAUGUCAGAGUCUUCUGCCCCAAAGAGUGAUCCCAUGACCUAGAGCCAAUUACCCUGAAAAGAAAGAUUUAAAUAGCCAAUUAUUGUGAGGGUUCAGUUUUUGUAAGUUAAGGUUUACAUAGCAUUUAGAACAAAAUCUAACCUGUACCACAAAGGUGCUCAACAUGCUUUUUCUAGGAAUUUUGUUUUCUAUUUGUAUUAUAUGUGCCUACUGUAUAGCUGACAUUCCUUUCUAGAUGGCUUCUCAGAAUUGCACAAACUAUUUAUUAAUAAAUUGACAUUACUGUACAAUUCUGUAUUAGAUAUUUGCAGGUAUAAAAUUCUAACCGUGGUUGUGCCUUGAAACAUUAAACUGAUUUUUAACUCAAAACCUAACGAUACAGAGAACAGUUCUUCUAACCUAUCUUGCAAGGAAUUUUUGUAUACAACUAUCGUUAAGAAAUCAAAUGACAUUCUAACUAGAUGUAGAUAUCGCUGAUGAAAGGUUUCCGAUAACAUGUCACACGAAAGGUUGACUUUGUUAUUCACUCAGCUGUAGUGUCCAUGACUUUGAUAACUGGACCGCAGAGAAGCGUUUUGAUUACCUUUUAAUUUUUUGUUGGCUGGCUGCCAAACACCUUCAUAAUACAGUAACAACAGAGUGAUAAUGCAGCAUGGGUCACUAAUUAUGAAAAUAGGACUUUCUCAAUCAGUAAUUGGAAUGAGAUGAUAAGGCCAAUUAUGUUUUUCAUAAUUAAAGAUAAACUGCUACUUGAUUAAAAAUCCUGCCCUUCACCUUUUAGAAACAAAGGUUAAAAUGCAUAGUUGGAGCAAUAGUCGCAUAUCCAGAUACCCAGUUAUCAGCACAAACCUGUGCGGUGCCAAAGAAUCAGUGUAGGGAUUACAGGAAAGUGCAGAGAGCCCAUAGCCUUCAGUGUUUGUACAGCUUUGUGUAACUGGUUUGGGAUACAUUGUAUUGAAAAAUGUACAACACAACUGGCAACUCUAACUUCUUCAAAGGCUGCAGCAAUGAUGUAGGGGGUCUUGGAGUGAAUGCAUGGAACAGAUUAGUAAGUGAAUUGUCCUGAAUUUUUCCCCUCCUUUCAAGAAUAAAACACUGUCCUUUAAUAAAUAAUGGAACCCAGCAGCAAAAACAUGGAGGAAUUAUUUUUGCAGCCUUUUUAAAGGCUACUUGGAAUCUGAAUUCCUCUGCUGUCUGUUCAAUUAUAUACACUGAAAACAUAGCAAAUCCAAAAUACUGGAAAAGCUGAAUUGCCUCUAAUUUAGUUUCAUAAAUUGUUGUUACAAGUUACUAAAGAAGUCAUUUUAAAGUCUGAAUUAUUUCCCUGUCACUUACAGUAACAUCAGUAUUUUGUCUUCAUGGUUUUUUUUAAUCUCGCUUGUUUUGAUCUAUCUGCUUUUAAGUUUUCAGCAUGGUGAAUUUAGCAUGCAUAAUAGAACGAUGCAUUUAUUAUCUGUCACUUGAGAGCCAAUUUAAUAAACAUCAUUCAACAAUUAUUUAUCAUGUGGCAGGAACCUAUCCUCUUUGGUUUUUUGUUUUUGUUUUGUUUUAACAUUUUGCCCAUACUUUGUCCUAUUUAGAAUCAUAAAUAUUUCUGACAUUAAAAAAUAGACAUCAGAAUCAUUGUAAUAUCAAAACCAACCAUUUUUGCCUAUGGAACAGUUAAUAUUUUAUCAAGAGAAAGUUUCCUUCUAAUGAGGCUGAAUUUUAAUCCACCAGAAAUUGUAGCUAUAAAAAAUAUAUUAGCAUUUGGUUGGUUCAGUCUGUAAACUUGUUCAGUAUAUUUAUACCCUGUAUAUUCAAAGACAAGCUAUUAGCUUCUUGUGAUAAAAUAGUCAGAUUCUGCCUUUACUAGGUAGGAGUUGAUUAUGUUUAUUUUUUAUAUUCAAGCAGAAUUUGAUAUGGACAAAUAGACAAAAUGGCUAAUUCAUCUUGCAAACACAUGGGUCCUCUAUGUGAUUUGGAAGACUUACCCCAAAAUGUCAACUCCU